CGAAUAGCAAACAUCUUGUAUCAUUGGGAUAAAUUAAUCCGGGGUGUAAUCAUUCAAGUUAAACUGUGUGAAAAGUUUUUAUUCAUUCAGUUCAUCAUCCAAAAUGUCUUCCCAGCGCCCGGAAAUUGAAGAAGGAUAUUUGGGACCACAGUCCGGUCUCAAAGAAGCCGGUAUGUCGCCAUCAUCACACAAAAAGGAUGAAUUUGUUAUUUUGGAAAACGAAGUUGAAAUAAAAUUCGAUGUCACUGCUCCGGUGAAAUGCACCACUAAUCUUAUUCAAUGCAGAACUGAGAAAGAUAUGAGCGAGUUUGUUUUCGUUCAGUCCAACCAAAAGGAUAAUACCGUUACGUUUGUCCUCAGUGUGCCGGAGUCUGGAUAUUACAAGUUUCAGAUCUUCGCCUUGCCGAAAUCCAACGAGAGUAAAUCCCUUCCCAACGUGUACAACUACCUGAUUCACUGUAAACAAGCCUUGAAAACUGUUUAUCCAUAUCCCAAACAGUUUGCUAUCUGGAAAGAUGGAUGUUUUCUGUAUGAGCCUCUUAUGUUGAACUCAUCUGUUCGUCUUCGCAAUGUCAACUUUAAGGUGCUCGUACCGAAAGCUAACGCCGUGGCUGUAGUUGUCGAGGGUGAAUGGUUUCAGCUGGAGAAAAAGGGUGACGACAUCUGGGAGACCAAGAUUGACCUCGACAAAUGGAGGGGCAAGGACACGAAGUUGACCCUGAACGCUAAUCUUGAAGCUGAUGAGACGAAAUUUUCAACUCUUUUAGAAUACAGGCUUUAAAAAAACAGCAAAUAACUUUUUUAUUUAAUGAAAAGAAGAACGGAAUGGUUACGUUAAGUGAUAUCGCCUUUCUGUAUUUUACGCUAAGUUAUAGCUAGAGGAUGGUGUAAUGGUUUGGUUUCCAAGGCAACAUACUGACCAUUGGAUGUACAUCAAUUUUUGGAGACAUCUUACUAUUUGAACUGUUCAAAGAAUUCUGGAAACUUUUUGUGUUCGUCUUGUUCUUAAUGUUUCAUUUUGUUUCAGUUUUUUUCACCCCGUUCAAAAAACACCACAAUCAUAUUCAAAUAAACGUUUCGUUCUGUUGAACAAUGGCGAAGGUCUUGGUGACCAAAUCAUUGCACCAACUACAUGUAUAACGUAUGGAAGCUUAUAGGGGUCAAUAUCGUGCAGUGGUAGAUAUCGCGAUAUUUUUACGAUAAUAUUUCAACAUAUUGUGAUUGUUCCAAAGAUUUUACGCCUGAAAAGACAUUUUUUGCUAAGAUGAAUGAAUCAACGCGCUCCGCUUGCAUGUCGUCAUUUCUUUUUCAGUGUGCAUGUUUGUGCUAAAAUAUUGCUAUUCUGGGGCUGUGUCAACAUUGCAUUUAUCGCCAUAUGUCGACACAUAUGAAUAUGUUGACAAAGCUUCAGAAUAGCAAUAUCUUAACGCAAACGCUAUGACGGUAUACAACACAGCGCGUUGAUUCAAAUAACUCGGCAAAAAUAGUCUUUCAGAGUUUUGAUAAUCGCAACGAUCACAAUAAUAUGUUGACAUCUUACCUUAUUAUUAUCGCGGUAUCCAUCGCUCUAUUGGCCCCGAUAUGCUUCCAUGGUAACGUGCUUGUUUAUUUCGUUGAUUUAGGUCAAUUCGGUUGUACGGUUGGUUUUAUUCAACAAGACUGCUGUGUAAAAACUGUUGGGAGAUGUUAAAAUUUCUAGCCGUACAAACGAAUCGUGUAAUGCUAGAUAUUGUGUUUUCAUAAAAUUUUAAUCAUCGUGUUUUAAAAUUUUAAUGGUUUUUUCGUCAUUAAGAUGUGCUUGAUGAAGCGUGGUCUUUUGUAUAUGUAAUACAUACAGCCGAAAUUCUGGCGGGUGCUUUUUCCAUAAAAAUUUAAUGUCACCAUGGACAUUGGCUUCCGGGCAAAGUUUUUUGGGGGGAAUUCAUCGCAUUUUGAAUUGUAAAUUGUCACGUCGAUAACUCCCAAACCUCUGUACAAUUGGGUACCAAGGGAAGUCUUUAGAUCUCCACGAUUCAGGGUCAAAAACUUAACCUUGAACGAAUUUUUUAAAUUAUAAGCUACGUCACUAAAACCACCCCCUCCUUUUCGUUUUAGUUUUAUAAAGCGACUGUUCUAUUUCUAAUAGAUCACUCUCCAGCACUCUAUAAAACAGUGUUGUACCUAGCAAGAGACUGAAAUUAGAAUCAAUCGAGUAGGGUCAGGGGUGGAAGGUAAAGUCUAAAAAUGAGUGCCAACUGAAGAUUUGGUCAAGGUCACGAGAUGUAAACAAGGCUAGGGCACGUGAUUAUUGACGAAAUUGUGAUCUGGGGUAAGGGUUAGGGCUAGCCCAGUUUGACCGUUGACCAGAUCUGCCUUAAGUUUUAGACCUAGCCCAGGGUGGAAUACAUUUGACUAUUACAAGACCGUACAACCGCAUUUUACCCAGACACCCAAUGUCUUAGCGUAGCAUGUUCAUUAGUUGGUAUUUAUAUAUUGUUUAUGUUUUUCACUGUCAAACAUGCGCUGUGGGUGUUUUUUUCUGUUCAACUGUCAGACAUGCGCUGUGAGUGUUUUAAUCUGUUCACUGUUAUUAUUCUUGAUAAAUUCUUUACUUCAUUUCUUAUUCAAAAUAAACAUAAUUUAAAUGUUAAAUAA